GGAUCGGGUAGUGUAAAGUGGAGGUGUUGCGUCGUGUGUAGCUGUGGCAGGCAGAAGAAUGGUCAGUCUGGUGAAGGAAGCUCUGUAACACACCUAGUCUGAUUCUGUUUGGCCAUCAUGUUUCUCUGGGACUGGUUAACUGGGGUGCUGGGAUACCUGGGACUAUGGAAGAAGAGUGGUAAGCUUCUGUUCCUGGGCCUGGACAAUGCUGGCAAGACAACGCUACUCCACAUGCUGAAAGACGACCGCAUGGCCCAACACGUCCCCACACUCCACCCAACCUCGGAGGAGCUAAGCAUAGGACAGAUCAAGUUCACCACAUUUGAUCUGGGCGGUCAUCACCAAGCGCGGCGUGUUUGGAAAGAUUACUUCCCUGCUGUGGACGCCAUCGUGUUCCUCAUCGACGCUGCGGACCGGGGGAGGUUUGCCGAGUCCAAGGCUGAGCUGGACUCCCUACUGACAGACGACCAGCUGUCCAACGUGCCCAUUGUAAUCCUCGGCAACAAGAUUGAUGUCCCCGGCGCUGCUUCUGAAGAUGAACUCAGGCAAUAUUUCGGACUGUUUGGCCAGACGACAGGAAAGCACAAAAUCCCGAGGAAUGAGCUGCCGGGCCGCCCACUGGAGCUGUUCAUGUGCUCUGUGUUGAAACGUCAGGGUUACGGCGAGGGUUUCCGCUGGAUCGCUAACUACAUCAACUAAUACAGGCUCUUCCCACCCCUUCCCCAUCUCCCUGCCCCCUUUCCAUCCCUCCCUUCCCACAAUGCCCUAUGAUGCUCUACAAAGCCCCACUGAUACACCCUAAAUGCCCAGUUAUUUCUCUGUGGUUUGUUGAGUUUGUUUGGGUGUGUUUGUGUGUUUGUGUUGUGUUUUGAUACGUGACACUCUUUUCUUUUCUUCCUUGUUCCUUGUCUUCUAUUUCUUUUUUUUUUUCUUCUUUUCUUGUCUUGAUUUUUUCCUUUUUCUUUCUUAAUUCCUUUCUUCGUUUCUUCGUUCUUUCCUUCAUUCUGUAUUCAUUCUUUCUCUUUUUCCUUGUUUUGUUCUUUCUCUUUCUUUAUUUUUUAUUUCUUUCUUCUGUCUUCCUUCCUUCCUUCUAUCUCUUCUUCAUUCCUUUUUCCUUGUCAUGUUUAUCUAUUCUCUCUCUCUCUCUCUCUCUCUCUCUCUCUCUCUCUCUCUCUCUCUCUCUCUCUCUCUCUCUCUCUCUCUCUCUCUCUCUCAGUAUCCUUCCCAUCCAUCCUUUCCUAUUCCUCUACCUCUCCCAUUUCUCAUUUGUUCCUUAUUUCUUUUUUUUAUUAUUACUUCCCUAUUUAUCCUUCCAUUCUAUCCUAUCAAUCCUUUUUCUAAUCCUGUCUUAAUUCUCUAAUCCUAAUGAUCCAUCUUAAUCCUCUUAUCCAAAUCCUGUAACCAUAAUUUUCUACCUAAAUCCUUUAAUUCUAAUACUUUAAUCCUGAUCCUCUUAUUCUAAUCCCUUUGUCUGAAUCCUUUAAUCCUAAUCUUCUACCUUGAACCUCUAAUCCUAAUUCUCUGAUCCUUAUUAUUGCCCUCCUACUUAUCCUUCCAUUUUACUGUAUCUAUCCUUUCCUGAUCCUCUAAUCCUAAUCCUAAUCCUUUACCUCUGUCUUAAUCCUCUAGUCUUUUACCUCUCAAUCCACUAAUCCUAAUCCUUUACCUGUCUUAAUCCUCUUAAUCCUGUAAUCCUCUUAUCCUUCCCUUGUCACUUUGAGUAUGUGUAGGGUGAGCAGGGGCUGUCUAGAGUGCCACCACCACCACCACUACCUUGGCACUGCUGGCUAGGUAGGCUGGCACUCGGAGGGUCACUGGUGGGCAUCUAUUAAUUAUAAAUGUGUUCUGGUUUA